AUGCAGGACCAACAAGAAAAAGAGGCUCCCUCAAAGAGACAGCAGCUUGCUGGUAAUGAUGCAGAAAACAUUGCGGUGCAGACUGAUUCAGCCGAGCUGGUGCAAGUGACAGAAAAUGGCCUCAAGCUGUUUCCGCAGCCGGUGGCCGGUGAUGCGUUGGAUCCCUUGAACUGGUCCAGUGCGCAAAAGCACAUGAUUCUCGCCAUCAUCAUGGCUCUCUACUUCAUGUUCACCUACAUCACGACGGUGACGGUGCCUUCCUUCCCCGCGCUGCAGGAACAGUACUCGGCCACCCUGGAGCAGGUCAACUGGACGGUGGCCAUCCCGGCGCUGGGGCUGUCCCUCGGCCCGCUCAUCUUUGCCACGCCGGCCGACAGCAUCGGGCGGCGGCCCAUCAUCGUCCUCGGCACCGCGGUGGCGCUGGCCGCGACCGUCGGCGCCGCCCUCGCCCCGACGCUGCCCAGCUACAUGGCGGCGCGCUUCUUCCAGGGCCUGGGCGUCAGCCCCGCCGCCAACGUCGGCCUGGCCGUCAUCGGCGACCUCUUCCACGAGCACGAGCGCGGGUCCAAGGUCGGCCUGUGGGUGCUCGCCAUCGACUCGGGCCUGCUGACCGGCCCCUUGGUCGGCGGCUUCGUCGGCCUGGCCGGCCACGCCUGGAUCCAGUGGUCGUGCGCCAUCCUCUUCGCCGCCGUCCUGCUCGCCGAGCUGGCCUUUUUGCCCGAGACCCUGUACCCGCGCGACCUGAUGGCGGCGUCGUCCGCGCUGGGCGGCUCCGACUCUGCGCAGGAGAAGAACAGUGCCACCUCGGCGGCGCCGCAGCUCGUCCGCCGGACCAAGGAGCUCCCCUUUCUCAACGUCGCGCCGAUCCCCGGCAUCCAGCACCCGAACCCGCUCGACACCAUUGUGCGCUUUUUCAAGACCUUCAAGUACACCGUGGUCCCCAUCUCCAUAGUCACGUACUGCUUCGCUUGGUACUGGUGGGUUUUGUCGGUGGUGACGCUGGUGCCGGUUGCCUAUCCCGACUAUGCGCCAAACAUCCAGGGUCUCUUGUUUAUUGGCCUCAUCCUUGGAACCCUCGUGUCAGAGGUGCUCUUCUCAGGCAGGCUUAGCGAUCGACUGGUCAUCCACUUCACCAAGCGCGGCGCAGUCAAGACGCCCGAGAUGCGCCUCUGGCUCAUCUACCCCGCCGUGAUCCUCACCGCCGUCGGCCUGGUGGUGUGGGGAGCCAGCAUCGACCAGCAGUACCACUGGAUGGUGGGACAAGUGGCGUUUGCAUUGUUCGGAGCCGGGAUCCAAAUGGGCAACACCGCAGUCUGCGCCUACGCCGUCGACGCCUACCCGCUGCAGAGCAUGGCCGUCAUGACCUUUUACGCCGUCAUGCUCAACAUGUCGGCCUUUGUGGAUCCCUUCUUCAUCGUGCCGUGGAUCGAGGCCGCCGGCUUCACCUGGGCCAUGGCCGGCCACGCCCUCAUCACCGUCGGCGUCUGCCUGCCCGUCUUUGCGCUGCUGCACCGCUUUGGUGCACGCCUGCGGGGGGCCGCGGGCGAGCCCGACUGGAUGAAUCCCGAAUUCGGGGGUGCGAGGGGUUAG